AUGGAGGAGAAGGACCGGGAGAAGAAUAUGCGAAUUGUGUCCGGAUUCCUCGUUUAUGAGCAUUCUGUGGCAAACGCUAUCGGUGGAAAAGUGCGGCGUACGGCUUCUGGAACUUUUGUCAUCGGCACUUAUAUGCUGACAAAAGUGCUUUUCGUGGCCAACGCCCUGCUCCAAUUCGUGCUCCUGAAGGGCUUCCUCGGCGUCGACACAUUUUUCUGGGGACUACAGGUGUUCAACGACAUUUGCUCGGGGCGGGAAUGGCCGCAGAGUGGCAAUUUUCCUAGGGUUACGUUCUGCGACUUUGAAGUGCGUGUGCUCGGAAAUCUUCAUCGCCACUCGGUGCAGUGUGUGUUGAUGAUCAACAUGUUCAACGAGAAAAUAUUCAUUUUCCUGUGGUUCUGGCUGUUCCUAGUGCUCUGCUACAGCGUUUAUUCCCUGUUCUACUGGCUCUCCACCGCCUUCACCACGUCCUAUGGGAAGAAGGUGGUCCGGCAUUAUAUUGAGAAGAUCGAUCCUCCAACUGGCGACGCUGAGUACGACCACCACAAAAAGCAACUUCUCGAGGAGUUUGUCGUGGAUAAGCUGCGUACGGACGGAGUGUUUGUACUCAGGCUGAUCAUGUCGAAUUCUGGGGAUAUGAUUGCGUGCUCGUUGAUAAGGACGUUGUGGCAAGAUUUUGUGAAGGAACGCGGCAGCCGUCCCCCACCUUACGAGAAGCCCAAACUCCUCCAAGGCGGCCUCUUGCCCGAUAAAGACCAGGAGAGCGCCUUU